AUGGAUCGAUAUGAUGCUGCCCGGCGAAGGCAGGCCCGCCCCGGCAGAUCAGCAUUAGGAUACUGGCUGCCUCUGGCGGUCACUGUGACUAUCGCGACUGCCGGUUUGGCCGCCUGGAUCUGGAGCGAGCGUCAACAAGACAACGACGAUGAUGACAACGACAAUCAUGAAGACGACAAAUAUGAUCAUCCUCUGGACUACCCAGACGAUAUACCACAAGCCCAAGAUCAGCUCUCUGAAUCCCAGGACCGAGGCUUCCUAGCACGCAUGACUGGCCGCACUCCUUCACCACAGCAAUUCUUCGACAGUGCUGGACAACGUAUACGCUCUGCUGUUGGCCUCUCUGGAUCAAAUACUGCAGGCAGACAGCAAGAAAGUGCUGAUCCUGCCUUCUCCGACAACGAACACUGGAACGAAGAAGCAGAAACCAAGCGCUCGCAAAGACCCACCUCGUCGCACCCGGCGAUCAACAAGCCUAAGAGAUCAGUCGUUGUCGUGUUGAACGGCGAAGACCAGGGCUUUGAAUCCACACACUAUACCGAGCAUGCUGUGAGUACAGCACCCCGAACCAAGGCAAUCGCAACAUGCCUGACUAACAUGACCCAGUCCAUCCUCUCUUACCUCCCUGACCACAUCGACCCAGCACUCACGAACCUCUUCGUACUAAUCUACGCCCCCGAUCAAUCUUCUCUUCCCGAACUCCCUACAUCCACAUCCGCCUCGACCACCCUCUCAUCCUCAUAUGCAUCUGUCUCAUACCCUGCAUCAUCUCCCAAGACGCUAUUUGACUCCCUCUGGCAAAAGUCCCUGUCUCUGGUAGACAAGCCUUCACAAGUCAUGCCCUUCUCAACACCUACAGGCUACAUCCACAUUCUGCGCCAUCUCUCUCCCUCGCUGGUCUAUUUACCCGACAACUCCUCUCUCUCCGGCCACAACGGCGAACACGUCCAACAGCUCAAAGGCUGGGUUGGCCAAACAAUCCUCGUAGUUGGCGAUGAUGGCGCUGGCGGCUUGAUCGAUACUGAGACCGAGACCGAGGACGAAGGUUCGCGAAGAGGUAAGGCGCGAGAGGACAGGAAUGACAAGUGGUGGGAGACGUCAGAUCUCGUCGGCCUUGGAAAAGACGUCGAAGUUGUUGAUAUAGGACGCAUGGGCGAGGACUGGUCGAGAAGAGUUGCCUCUAACUAG